AUGCUGCGGCUAUUAACUGCACGUGGCUUGUUUGCCACGUCAGCUACUCGUCUAUCACUUGUCACCAGUACUAAAGUAGUUUAUGCUACCUUCUCUUCCCCUGCUGCCAAUCGUCGCGCUCGGCGUUUGCGUAAAACUGCCGCCAUUGACAAGUCUUCUACUAUAGACCCACGCGCGCCGUUACUCGUCGCGGACAUCGAACAGCUCUCACGCAAUGGACUGGCACAACGCGUGGAGAUGCCAAAGGGGAUGCUGGAUCGUUUGACGCGUGUUUUGCGUGACCGCACGCACUCGCAGCUGGAGACGCUACGUCAGAAACACGUGGGCGACCGUAAGAACACACGUCAGUUGCCUCUUGACAUGAGUAAAAUACCGAUAGGAUGGUCUAUGGACCGCACGCAACAGAUUCCACCCUUUGCGUACGGACCUUCCGAAACAUUGGCUUAUCUGUCUUUUGAGAUGGAGGCAAUGUAUGCCUGCAGUCACGCUGUGUUCACGGAGCUGCAAAAACGGCUACCGAACUUUCAGCCAAAAUCGGUGCUGGACUUUGGUGCUGGCCCUGGUACAGCAUCGUGGGUGGCCAAGGAAUUUUAUGAAAAAUCACUGGACAAAUAUCGCGUCGUAGAGCCCAGUCAGUCUAUGAUUGACGCGGCGGAAGUGCUGUUGGAAGACUUUCCUGGUCUUAGUAUGCGUCGCAGUAUCGCCGACAUGUCGAGAGAUAUCGAUGCUGGGAUCAAGUACGACCUGGUUGUUGUGAGCUAUGCAUUUUCUGAUAUUACUAAUGACUUUGAGCGUGUGGCGAUAAUCUCAGCGUUGUGGGAACUAUUAAGUGAGAAUGGAUGUUUGAUUAUCGUGGAUCGUGGCAGCCCAUGGGGAUCACAUCAAGUGCGAUCGGCUCGUCAGUUCGUGCUUGAUUCGGUGGCGGAGGACAAGGACGGAGGCGAAGGCGUCCGCAUUAUUGCACCGUGUCCGCAUCACUUCGAGUGUCCAGUAGCAGGAAGCAUGUGGUGCCACUUUGUGCAACGCUCGCCUGUAGUGAACCGACCUCGGGAUGCCACAACAAAGCGUUGGCACGGCCAAAAAGGCUCGAAGUUCUCCUAUGUGAUUAUGCAGAAAACCUUUAAGGGAAGCGAUGAAGAAGCAGCUGCUAAGAAGAAGAAGCCGAUUGCGCGCAUGGUCCGAGCUCCUCUGCUUGCUACACGCCACGUGCAUCUUGACUUGUGCACUCCGGAUGGAAAACUGGAGCGUCGCAGUGUUACAAAGGGUAAGGCUGUUCGUGAGGUGUAUCGUGCAUCGCGUAAGGCGCACUGGGGGGCGCUGUGGCCAGCUGACGAAACGAGUUACCUAAAGGAUUAG